AUGUUGGUCGAUGAUGUACUGCGUUGUGUUAUGAGGAGCCUUAGGCGGAAAGGUUGAAUACUGAUUUUGUGCUACCGACUGAGAGUUAGGCUUGGAUUUUUUGUUGGAAUGAAAUUGAUUUGAUUUUAUGGAUUUUCGACUGAUGUGAAGGUUGUUGAGUUUUCUGCCUCGAGCAGGAGAAUGCAUAGUGUCGGGUUGUUUCAUGUGAUUUCAGAUUUCGCUGUUCUAUAUCUUGUUUAA